AUGCAUCAAAAUCGGAAAAGAAUAGGUCGAGUUGAAGAGAAGGUUGAUUGGGGAGGUGCAAGGAUCUUCGUCAUCGUCGCCGCCGCGUUGUUCACUGCGUCAAUCGCCAUCGUCGUUGGCGCUGCCGCCGUCUUGUUCUCUUGGUCAAUAGACGUUGCCGCCGAGUUCGGGUCUCGGGGUUGGAGGGGAGACAAGAGAGAGAGAGAUUGA